AUGCUGCGCGUUUGGAAGAUUACCGGAGUGGAGCUGGCUUCUUUGGCACUGGAGGAGGUGACGGGCGUGAGGACGUUGAAGAAAUGCCUGCGUGAUCGGCAUGGUUACCCCGUAUGCCUCCAGCAGUUGCUCCAAGACGGGCAAGUGCUGCUGGAUGAUGCUCUCCUCCAAGAGUCUGACGACCUUGAUCUGCAACUGGUACUGCGUCCGAGCCCGGACGAAACCAUGGCUGCGCGUGAGCUCAGCUACGCGGCCCAGGCAGGACAUGUCCAGGUCGCGCGCCUGCUGCUUGAGUCCGCAGACCAGGGUUUCAGAAACCGAUGCGUCCUCACGGCUUUGGUUCUCGCGGCUGACGGAGGUCACAUGGAGAUGGCGGACAUGCUACUGGACGUGGGAGCCCUGAGGAACUCAGAGGUUCUUUGGGAGAACAAACAUGCGGACAAGAAUGGGGCAUAUCGCAGAGGAAUUCGGGGCAGCCAUCAUGCAGAUAUGCAGCAAUAUCUCGUGGAGACCGGUGCAGAUAAAGCCUUGUUAAGCUCUGGUUGCACACCUCUUGCACGAGCAUCGGCGAAAGGCCACCUUGAGAUGUCGAGACUGCUGGUGCAAGCUCGUGCCGAUCAGAACCUCCGCGACGGCUCUGGCCAAGGCCCUCUGCUGCAUGCGUGUGAACAUGGCCAUCUUGCUGUUGCGGAUUUCUUGUUGCAACGACGGGCAGCGCCAAACAUGAAGGGAAGGUCGCAAACGCCCUUGUCGCUGGCAGCUGAGAAAGGCAAUACAGAGCUGGCCCGGCUGCUGUUGGCUGCCGGUGCCCAGCCAAAUGCAGACACACAGUUGCGCAACUCCAACGCACCUCUGAUGUCCGCAUGCCGGAAAGGUCAUGCUGAGAUGGUAAGCCUGCUGCUCGAAGCUGGUGCCGACAAGAACGCCAAGGGAGGUUGGUCAAUGAGUUCACCACUAAUUUGCGCAUGCGCGGCAGAGCGACGCCAAGGUGAAGUUGUGCGUCUGCUGUUGGAAGCUGGCGCGGACAAAGAUCUCACGAAGGAGGAUGGUCGAACUGCGCUGAUGUCCGUUUGUGUUGUAGGCUUCUCAAGUAUUGCGCGGUUGCUUCUGGAAGCCGGUGCUAAUGCCAACUUGCAAGAUAGUGCUGGCAACAGCGCUUUGAUUUUGGCUUCCGAGAACGGAUAUGAGUCGAACGUGCGCCUUCUGCUGGAAAUGGGUGCUGCCAGGGACUUGCAAAACAAGGAGGGCGAGACAGCCCUCUUCCGUGCAUCACACCGGAACCGCCCUGAGACUGCAGCUUUACUUCUAGACGCUCGUGCAGACGCAGACAUGGAGACGUCUGCUGGCCAGACGGCUCUACUCUGCGUAAUGCGAAGCUGGUGGGAUUGUUGUUGGCUGCAAAGGCUGACAUGGAGGUACAGGACGCCGGCGGAACAGCUCUUGUCCACAGCUGUGACAGAGGUCAUGCGAAGGUCGUCCGCUUGCUCGUGGAGGCUCGUGCCAAUCUGGACCACCCUGACUCUCGAGGCCAGACGGCUCUCCUUCGCGCGUCUGGUCAUGGCUAUCCGGAGACCGCGCGACUGCUGUUGGAGGCCGGCGCCAACACGGAGGUAUCGGACAAGCGUGGUUUAA